AUGGAACUGGAGCAACAAAUGUCUAAUUUUACCUCCAUGUCUGAUUUUCAGCUCCUGCAAUUCUCAGAGAUCCGAGAACUACAGAUGUUACACUUCUUGGUAUUCCUAGCAGUAUAUCUGACAGCAGUGACAGGGAAUCUUCUCAUUAUCAUUGCCAUUGCCCUUGAUCAUCACCUCCACACCCCCAUGUACUUUUUCCUGAUGAACCUGGCCAUGCUGGAUAUUGGCACCGUUUCUGUCAUAGUGCCCAAAUCCAUGGUCAAUUCCCUCAUGGAUAGCAACAUCAUUUCGUUUUCUGGUUGUGUUGCUCAAGUCUACUGCUUUAUGCUCUUUUCUGGAUCGGAUUUUACCCUCUUGAUAAUAAUGGCAUAUGACCGGUAUGUUGCCAUCUGCAAUCCACUACGAUAUGAGGCAAUUAUUAACAAAAAAUCCUGCCAGAGGAUGGCAGUCAGUGCAUGGAUCUGUGGGCUACUCAUUGCUAUACUACAUGCUGGGGGCACUUUUGCAAUCUCCUUCUGCUCCAAUAUCGUCAACCAAUUCUUCUGUGAGGUCCCAGAAUUAUUAAAGCUCUCCUGCUCUGAUUUUUAUCUAGUUGAAGCUGGGUUUCUUGAAGUUGGUUGUAGUUUUGUCAUAGGAGGUUCUAUCUUUAUUAUUUUAACUUACAUGAAAAUCUUUGCUACGGUGCUCAGAAUCCGCUCGGUGCAGGGUAAAAAAAAAGCCCUCUCCACAUGCCUUCCCCACCUCACUGUUGUUUCUCUCUUUAUGUGCUCUUCCUUAUUUAUCUAUAUGAAGCCUUCCAAAAACAGUAUCCCCAAUCUGAAAAUAGUUGUUUCUGUGAUAUAUACAAUAAUUCCACCUAUGCUGAAUCCAUUCAUCUACAGCAUAAGAAACAAAGAUUUAAAGACUGCAUUGUGGAAACUGUUAGAUUUUGAAUGUUCCUCUAAAAAAUCUGCAGGUUUGUUCUGUAAAACUUGA